AUGGCUUCGCCGGACAGCGGCCUGGGCGGCGACAGCUUCUCUUCCCCGCUCCUGCCCGGCCCGCGGAGCAGCCUGCAGCAGGAGCUGCGCCAGCUGAAUGACCGCCUAGCCGCCUACCUACCGCGCGUCCGCGGCCUGGAAGCCACCAGGACGGCGCUGCAGCUUCGCCUGUCCGAAUCCGAGGACAGUCGCCGCGAGUUGGGCGUCUUACGGAGGGCCUACGAGAGGGAGCUGGCCGCCGUGCGCGAGGAGCUCCACGGGCAAGUCCUGCAGCGCGCCGGUCUGCAGGUCGAGCUGGAGACCCUGCGGGAAGAGCACAGGCGGCUGCUCGCCAGGUGAGUGUCCCUAGAGGGCGCGCCUUCCUUCUUCCUGGAUCUCGCGCUCUUUUCUUCUUAAAGCAAAGGCUCUUCUUAGUCCAUAGAUUUCCAGUUUUCUGAAGUUAAAGAGGUUCAUGGGUGGAGUCGGGGAGGGGGAAGUCGCCCCCCCUCCUAAAUCAAGUAAUUAAAUAAAAAUACUUAACUAAAAGCAGAAAUUGUAAUAGUAAUAAUAAAUAAUUUAUUAUUUAUACCCCGCCCAUCUGGCUGAGUUUCACCAGCCACACUGGGCAGAUAAUAAUAAUAAUAAUAAUAAUAAUAAUACCUUUAUUGUCAAUGUACAACCUGUGUACAAUGAAAUUAACUGAGCCUCCCUCCCCACCCCAUAAACACUCAAUCUCAUUGCACUCUGUGUGCUUGUCGCACAACACACCAAGCCUGAAAGUCAGUUGCACUAUAUUACAGUGGUACCUCAGGUUAAUAACUUAAUUCGUUCUGGAGGUCCGUUCUUAACCUGAAACUGGUCUUAACCUGAAGCACCACUUUAGCUAAUGGGGCCUCCCACUGCUGCCGCGCCGCCGGAGCACGAUUUCUGUUCUCAUCCUGAAGCAAAGUUCUUAACUCAAGGUACUAUUUCUGGGUUAGCAGAGUCUGUAACCUGAAGCGUCUGUAACCCAAAGUACCACUGUAUUUUCCGUUCAGCAGCCUAACAGCCCACGGAUAGAAUAUUAAAAACAAAAAACAUUAAAAGCAUCCCUAAACAGGGCUGCCUUCAGAUGUCUUCUAAAAGUCAGAUAGUUGUUUAUUUCCUUGACAUCUGAUGGGAGGGCAUUCCACAGGGCAGGCGCCACUACCGAGAAGGCCCUCUGCCUGGUUCCCUGUAACUUCUCUUCUCGCAGGGAGGGAAUUGCCAGAAGGCCCUCAAAGCUGGACCUCAGUGUCUGGGCUGAGUGAUGGGGUGGAGACGCUCCUUCAGGUAUACUGGGCUGAGGCUGUUUAGGGCUUUAAAGGUCAGCACCAACACUUUGAAUUGUGCUCAGAAACGUACUGGGAGCCAAUGUAGGUUUUUCAGGCCCGGUGUCAUGUGGUCUCGGAGGCCACUCCCAAAAUCCAAAAGAUUUUGACAGAUUGUUCUGAGCACUUAGGAGUCAAAGGAAAGUAAUUUAAAAGAACUGUUGCUGAGACAUCUCAUUCUCAAUCUGCUAGACAGAGCCAGACAGAGGAUAAUGACAGGUGGUGGCUACCUGCCCACCUCCUAAAAUAAAUCUCUGCUAUGCCCAUGGAUUUGUGCUUUUAUUGUGUGGUCUCAUUUUCUUGCUCUGAACUACUAUAGGACGAAGGCUGGGGCAUAUAGACCCAUAGAAUGGUAGAGUUGGAAGGGGUCCCAGGGUCAUCUAGUCCAACCCCCUGCAAUGCAGGAAUCUCUACUAGAUCAUACAUGACAGGUGGCUAUCCAUCCUUCACUCUCCCUCCUAUCGAUAGAGCUUAUGAUGUGCAAAUUUGAUUCAGAAAUGCUAAAAGCCAUACCUGUUGAGAUGCAAAGCCUCCUGUUUACACUUGCAACCUGCUUGUUCUCAGGAAUUCUAAAAAUGAGAAUGAUUUAAGCCUGGCAGUCGCUCGCAUGAAAGACCUGGAUGCUCAGCUCCGCUGCAAAGAGGCCGAAUUGACGACAUCCUUGAGUAGACAGCAGAGCCUGCAAAACCAUCUUCAAAAGUCAGAACGUGAAAUCAGCUCUGUAAGGGUUUGUUCUGUAAGAUCUAAACUGUCCUGCUGAAACGACGAAGGUUGUUAAGAGAUAUUCGGGUCACAAGUAAAAUGUUCUGUUAUUUUUGGGUGUAUUUUGAGAGGUGAGAAGUUCCAGGGGCAACAGGGCUUAGCUGGAUUUGGAAGGUCACUGGGGGCUUAUGGAGCCUUGUGAUAUUUAAGGUCACUGCAGUCGCACUCACCUGAUGUCCCCUCCACAACUGAUAGGAGCUUUGUUUUUAUCUCCUCCUAUAUUGUGGUCUGGGACACGGGUGGCGCUGUGGCUUAAACCACAGAGCUUAGGACUUGGCAAUCAGAAAGAAGGUCGGCGGUUCGAAUCCCUGCGACAGGGUGAGCUCCCGUUGCUCGGUCCCUGCUCCUGCCAACCUAGCAGUUCGAAAGCACGUAAAAGUACAAGUAGAUAAAUAGGUACCGCUCCGGCGGGAAGGUAAAUGGCGUUUCCGUGCACGGAUCUGGUUCGCCAGAAGCGGCUUAGUCAUGCUGGCCGCAUGACCCGGAAGCUGUACACCGGCUCCCUCGGCCAGUAAAGCGAGAUGAGCGCCGCAACCCUAGAGUCGGCCACGACUGGACCUAAUGGUCAGGGGUCCCUUUACCUUUACCUUUAUAUUGUGGUCCCAAUGAAAUUUGCCCCCUGGAAGCUGCUCCCCCCCCCCCCCGCCGGAAGUGAAGUUGCUACUGAGUCCAAUAGCAGUUUCCAAACUUGGAUGGGAAGGGGCUCUCGCCAUGGUUUCAUGCAAAGUUACAGCCCUGUAAUGGCACAUCUAAAAAUGUACACUCUGGCUGGGUACAGAACAUGCAUUUAAAGCACAGUUCCUCCCUGCUCCCAAAGAACAUUGGGAACUAUAGUUUUAGGGUGCUGGGAAUGGUAGCUCGGAGAGAGGUAAACCAGGAUUUUUUGAGUGGUGGAGCAAGUGUAUGGUCUGAAUGCAUCCUAAGGCUCAGUUCAUGCAGGACAAUCGAUAUUGCUUUGGGCUGCUUUCUUCGCCCAUGUGAACUGAGAGCAUAACCUGAAAUAAAUAUUGAUCCUCUGCAGCUGUUGUAGCAAAAGGCAGGGUUUCAAUAAAGCCUCGCAUUCGGUUCUUAAAUUGUCAGAAUAUCUUGAACUGGGCAAACUUACAGGUUUAAUAAGAAAUUAUUCUCAUGAGAAAAUAAGGAGAGAGUGGUAAGCCUUUAUAAAUUAUAUGAAGAGAACUGAUUCCCUGAUUUGUACUUGGUUUAGCUUAGAAUAAAAAUAUCACAGGUACAGACAACCAGAGAUAUGAGGAAUAAAUCCACAUGGAGUUAGUUGGAAGUCACUUUUUUCUUUUUCUUUUUCUUUCUUUCUUUCUUUCUUUCUUUUUUUUGGGGAGGUAUUAUUUUUCAUUCUUUUUUUUAAAGGAGAAUAUGUUUUAUAUUUUCGAUUGUAGUUUAUGUUAUUAUGUUUUUGUAUUAUUUUCUUUGUUUUAUUCAAUGCAUGUUUGUAUGAUGUAUAAGGGUUUUUAAUUUUUUUUUAAGAAGCCUCGCAUUCGCUGGGACAUAGUCUGAAAGCUAUGGCCUAACCAGUGCUUUUUUUCCAGCCGGAACUUGCCAAAAAUAAGUUCCGGCACCUCUCAGGUGGGCACCAUUGCCAUUAUAAGACAACAAGGGAGGUGUUCAUGGCGAGUUCCGGCACCUCUUUUUCUAGAAAAAUAGCACUGGGCCUUACACAAAGUCUGCACUAGCAGAAAUCCAAAAAAGAAAGGCAGAUGUACACAGAUGCACAACUGAUCCAUUAAUCUGUGUUGCUCUCUGUGUCUACGCCAGUCUAUCUUGUGUUCCAUUGUUUGACUUUUUAACUAGUGGUAUGUUUGCUUGGUGAACGAUAGUAUGUUAUAUGCCUAAGAACAAUAACAUUGCACAAUAUAAAACCUGCAGUUAAUAAGAGUAACUUAACCCCACUUGCAGGCUUGUAACCUAAAUGAACAUGAGGAAAAGGGAAGGGAGUAUGAGAAGAUUGAUUUCGAGUUCUGUUAAAACAUGUUGGCUUCCCAAGGUUCUCCUUUUGGGCUUAUUAAACACUGUAGCUGAACAGGAGUCUUGGAAGGAUUUAAGGGAAGCACAAAGCAUUUGCUAACUUUCCCGUUAACUACUUUCCUAGCUCAAGGUAAUGGUGAAUCAUUUCAAAAGCCAUCUUCAAAAUGAGAUGUUGAAGAGAACAGAUAUAGUAAACCAAAUGGAAACCCUGAAGAAAGAAGUAAUAUUUCUAAAGAACAUCCAUGAAGACGUACGUACUUCUGCAGUCUUAGACUUCCUUAAUUUCAGCUGCUGUUUAAUUUAAAACACUAAAAUUAAGGUCAAUAACUUGGUGAAAUAGUUUAAUCAGGGGAGGGCCAAAAAUGAUGAUAACCCUGGGUUACUGUGUUUUAUUGUUCCUAUUUUGCCCCUCUCCUAGCAUGAAUGAGAUAAACAAACCAAAGAGCAUAGACUUCCUGUUGUAUCUGAACCAGGGUUCAUGGUUUGUUGCUCUCUAAUAAGCAAUGAUCAGUAACUCUGGAGAAAUAAGCCACAAACCCGGGCUUGGAUGACGUGCUAAGCCACACCAUGGCUUAGCUGGCAGGAGUUUAGCAGGACUAGAGGAGAAACAAAGUGGCCACAAUCUUGUCUCUAGGAGCCCUGGUUCUGCUAAGCCAUGGUUUGCAUUACAUGCAAAUUGAAGUAGUGUGUUGUAUUCCAUUCAGUUGUUCCCUAUGGGAGACAGUUGCAUUUGCAGAAGAAAAGAAAAAUAAAAGGAGCAAACAAUGGGGGCUCCAAUGUUGACUGCAUCUAAAGUUACUGUGCACCUCUUUUAAUUGCUCUUAAUGCGCCAUGGAGGGAUGCGGGUGGCGCUGUGGGUUAAACCACAGAGCCUAGGACUUGCCGAUCAGAAGGUUGGUGGUUCAAAUCCCAGCGACGGGGUGAGCUCCCUUUGCUCGGUCCCUGCUCCUGCCAACCUAGCAGUUUGAAAGCACAUCAGAGUGCAAGUAGAUAAAUAGGUACCACUCCGGCGGGAAGGUAAACGGUGUUUCCGUGCGCUGCUCUGGUUCAUCAGAAGCGGCUUAGUCAUGGUAGCCACAUGGGAGCUGUACACCGGCUCCCUCGGCCAAUAAAGCGAGAUGAGCACUGCAACCCCAGAGUCGGUCACAACUGGACCUAAUGGUCACUGGUCCCUUUACCUUUAAUGCGCCAUGGAUGAUGAAUUUCAGGCCACAGUUUAACCGUAAAGAAAUGUUGCAUGUUCUUUAUUCCGGGGCAGUACAGUACUGGUACUCUAAUUUGCUUGUCUGCUACCGUUGUUUUUAAUACGGAGCCUCUUAAAUCCUUCCUCCCGGCUGUAUUUCCCUUCUCUUCCUAGGAGCUAAAGAACAAGAAGCAGAUCUACGAGAGCAGGAUUCGAGAAAUAGAGUCUCACCAUCACCAGGAAUUGGAGAGUAGGCUGUUGAAUGCUCUCAAAGAGCUCAGACAGCAACACGAACAACAGAUUUGCGCGUAUAAAGAUCAGGUGCAGCAAAACUUCAGUGCCAAAGUGAGUGGUUUGUCUGUCUAUACUGCUGAUGUCUUGCUGUCCCAUCAUUCUUAGUAGAGACCUGAUCUCUUCUUGCUUCCUAUGGGCAGGUCCCGAAUAGGAGUGGCACAAUUAGAGGCUGGGUUUUCACUUGCUACCUUAUGCUGACAGGAUGUCUUCCAAAUGGUGGAAGGGGAAAGCAAAGGAAAAUCAUUGGUCUUCUAAGAGCUGAUGGGACAAAGGCAUGUUGGCUCCUCUCAGUGGAUUCAGUGGGACUUAAUUCUGACUGGAUGUGCAUAGCUUGCUUCGUUAAUUACCGUAUUUUUCACUCUAUAAGACGCACUAGACCAUAAGACGCACCUAGUUUUUGGAGGAGGAAAACAAGAAAAAAAAUAUUCUGAAUCCCAGAAGCCAGAACAGCGAUCCCUCUUGCUGUUCUGGCUUCUGGGAUAGCUGCGCAGCCUGCAUUCACUCCAUAAGAUGCACACACAUUUCCCAUUACUUUUUAGGAGGGAAAAAGUGAGUCUUAUAGAGCAAAAAAUACGGUAUAUGCUAAGAUACCUUUCCCCAACCUGUUUCUAAGGGGAUGCUGUAUUUUGGUGAAACCCUGUUUGCUUCAGUUUCCCCAGCUCAGCAUGUUACCUUCCCAUUGUGUCCUCCUCUUGACCCCCUUGGAUAAUUCUCCUGCACACACCAGUCACAGCCAGAAGCAUUUAUUUUUAAUACUAAUUUACGUAUUGCCUAACCUUCACCUUAAGGUGAACACCUGGAACAAUAUUGUAGAACAUGCUGCCUAAAAUGUGUUGGGGAAGGGGGGGCGUUAUUGAGUUGUUUUUGUUUUUAUUACGUAUUUUGUGUUUUUAUGUUGUGUUUUUAUGUUGUAACUGCCCUGAGACCUGCAGGAAUAGGGCAGUAUGCAUAUUUAAUAAAUAAUAAUAAAAGUCAUCUGAAUUGGAAGGAAUAAGGCCUAGAAUUGUCUAAUAAUAAUAAUAAUAAUAAUUAAUAUAAUACAAUAUGAUAUAAUAAAUAUAGUAAAGGUAAAAGGACCCCUGACCAUUAGGUCCAGUCACAGACUCUGGGGUUGCGGCGCUCAUCUCGCUUUACUGGCCAAGGGAGCCGGCAUACAGCUUCCGGGUCAUGUGGCCAGCAUGACUAAGCUGCUUCUGGCAAACCAGAGCAGCGCACGGAAAUGCCGUUUACCUUCCCGCCGGAGCGGUGCCUAUUUAUCUACUUACACUUUGAGGUGCUUUCGAACUGCUAGGUUGGCAGGAGCAGGGACCGAGCAACAGGAGCUCACCCCGUCGCAGGGAUUCGAACCACUGACCUUCUGAUCGGCAAGUCCUAGGCUCUGUGGUUUAACUCGCAGCACUACCUGCAUCCCAAUAAUUAUAGUAGGUCCCAUUAUUCCUCCCGAAGGAGCAUAGUGUGGCAAACCUGUGUUAAAUUGAACUGUUAUUCAUGUGUGUGCGCACAGAAACACGUUCAAAUUAAAAUGUGCAGUCCUGGUUAGCUUUUUCUUUUCUUUUUUAACCCAAUACUAUUUUCACAGAUGGAAAACAUUCAGCGUUCUGCAGCAAGGAGUAGUGAUAUCACCAAAGCUGCUGAGGAGGAGCUCAGAGAAGCAAAACUGAGAGUUGAUUCUCUGAUGUCACAGGUAAAACGGGGGCUGGAAACCAGGUAAAAUGACGCCUACCUGGAGAGGGAAGAGGCUCUUAAAAGGUCUUUGGGAAAUAGAGGUCUCUGCUAGUAUGGCUCUGUUCCGCUGUGCCUAACAGUAAAACCUUUCUGUGAAAUCUAAGGUUGCUACGUUGGAAGCCAGGAAUGGAGAUUUGGAGGCCAGAAUAAACACGUUGGAGAACACCAUUCUUGACAAACAAGGCUCAUCGAGGAGAUGCCUAGCUGAGAAGGACAGGGAGAUGGACAGAAUGCAUCAGCGUAUGCAGGUGCAGCUGGGGGAGCAUGUGAAACUGUUGGAUAUGAAGAUGGGUCUGGAUCUGGAGAUCGGUGCAUACCGGGCAAUGCUAGAAGGAGAGGAACAACGGUGAGCUUGGUGACAGAAUUCUGUUCUUGAAAGGAGGCUUUCUUUUCUUUUUUUAAUUGAACAGGAGCUGAACUUCUUACCAGUAUUGGCUUUCAUGGGCAAAGGGCUCUUUAACUCCCUCCUGCCCAGUGUGAACAGCAAGAGGAGCUUUUCUGCACCUUUUACUGUACGUUUCAGCCACACUUUAAUACCCUCUAAUGUGCCAGUUCCCAAAAACACAAGCAAGCUGGAAUGAGCAGCUGAUGUCCGUAAUAAGUGGAGGGGCUAUUCAAAAGGGAGCUGGUCUUCGCAUUGGGGAGGAGGGGGUUAAAAGAGCCCUUUGCCCAUGUCAACUCACAUGGUUGAAAGCAACUGUGGUGCAGUCUCGGAGUCGAGAGUGGAUUUCAUGCUCUUUUCACUAUCCCUCUUGUUGUUCUGGCUUCUGGGAUAGGCAUGCCAAGCCUCUUCAGGGCAGGGGGAACGUUCCUCCCGUUGCCCUGAAGAGGCUUCGCGCAGCUAUCGCUGAAGCCAGGAGAGCAAGAGGGAUCGGUGCGCACCCUCUCCUGGCUUCAGGGAUAGCUGCGCAGCCUGCAUUCAUUCCAUAAGACGCACACACAUUUCCCCUUACUUUUUUGGAGGGGAAAAGUGUGUCUUAUAGAGUGAAAAAUAUGGUAUAUAUUAUCUCCAGUAUCGGAGGCCAUGUCCCUCUAAAAACCAGUUGCUGGGGAACACCAGCGCAAAAGGUUUGAUCUUCUUGCAGUCCAUGGGACUCUCAAGAGUCUCCUCCAGCACCAUCAUUCAAAAGCAUCAAUUCUUUGAUGAUUAGCCUUCUUUAUGGUCCAGCUCUCACAUCCAUACAUCACUAGACACCACGGGAAUGGUCCAAUGUCAAGAGCAAAGAGACUGAGAGAGGGUGUUCUGCCAUCAGUGGCUGCCUAAUUUGAAAGGUGACUUUGUUUUGCAGGUUAAGAGUGCCCAGGCCCGGCUCAGAAAGUGUUGGAACACUAGCAACCACCAGUCUGGGCAGCCCCGUCCUCCCGCGAAGGAGAAGGAGGAAGCGGGCACUUUCAGAAUGCCAAGUCCACAGCGUUUGCUUCAAAACGGUCCAGCAUGCAUCAUCUUCAGGAAGUAUUUCCAUAGAACAUAUUGACAAAGAAGGACAAUUUGUCAAAAUCAGAAACAAUUCUGAUCAGGUAUUUUUUACAUGAUUUAACUCCUUGGGACGAAUGCAUGGUUAGUGUAGCUGGCAAAUUUGUGUCGCCCGAAAACUGGGUGCCAUUUCUCUACAAAGCAGCUCUGGGUUGACCCUCCCCACCACCAAUCUGCCUCUUCAUUUCCCACCUGUAACUUCCUUGCCACUUUUAUUUUCUCUCUCCCGUCCCUCCCUUCACCGGGUUUUAGACUAGUACAGUGGUACCUCGGGUUACAAGACGCUUCAGGUUACAAGACACUUCAGGUUACAGACUCUGCUAACCCAGAAAUAGCACCUCGGAUUCAGAACUUUGCUUCAGGAUGAGAACAGAAAUCGUGCUCCAGCGGCGCUGCAGCAGCAGCAGGAGGCCCCAUUAGCUAAAGUGGUCCUUCAAGUUAAGAACAGUUUCAGGUUAAGAACAGACCUCCGGAACGAAUUAAGUACUUAACCCGAGGUACCACUGUGCUUGAUGUGAACAUGGAUCUGGAAUCCCCCUGGCAGUGGGUGGAAUAGAAGUUGCCCAGGAAAGUUUAAUAAUAAUAAUAAUAAUAAUAAUAAUAAUAAUAAUAAUAAUAAUACAGUGGUACCUCGGAAGACGAAUGCCUCGCAAGACAAAAAGCUCGCUAGACGAAAGGGUUUUUUGUUUUUUGAGCUGCUUCGCAAGACGAUUUUCCCUAUGGGCUUGCUUCGCAAGACGGAAACGUCUUGCAAGUUUGUUUCCUUUUUCUUAACACCGUUAAGUUGCGACUUGACUUCGAGGAGCAACUCAUAGAACGCGGUGUGGUAGCCUUUUUUGAGGUUUUUAAAGACUUUGGUGAUUUUUGAAGCUUUUCCAAAACUUUCCCGACACCGUGCUUCGCAAGACGAAAAAAAUCGCAAGACGACAAAACUCGCGGAACGAAUUAAUUUCGUCUUGCGAGGCACCACUGUAAUCAAAAUUAUUUAUACCCUGCCCUCCCCAGCCAAGACUGGGUUCAGGGCGGCUAACAACCAAUAAUAAAAACAAGUUGAUUAAAAUAAAAUUUAAAAGAUUAAGAUACAACAUUAAAACAUUAGGAUACAGUCUCUUCAUAGGAGGAGAAAGGAAAAAGAAAGGGGGGGGAGGGAAUCAAACUGAUUCUAAGCCAAAGGCCAGGUGGAACAACUCUGCCUUACAGGCCCUGCAGAAAGAAAUCAGAUCUCGCAGGGCCCUGGUCUCAUGGGACAGAGCAUUCCACCAGGCUGGAGCCAGUGUUGAGAAGGCCCUGGCUCUGGUUGAGGCUGAUCUAACUUCCUUAGGGCCCGGGACCUCUAGGGUGUUGCUAUAUAUGGACCUUAAGGUUCUCCGUGGGGCAUACUGGGAGAGGCAGUCCCGUAGGUACGAGGGUCCUAGGCCUAUGAUUAAACAUACUUGAUGGUCCCCUCCUACAAACAGCCUCUUCCUAACAUUUCUUUGCAGUUUCCAAGGUUCCUGAGAGAAAAGGGAGGUGACGAUAGAUAAGCUUCCUCAGGACGCUUUAAUCCGCUUUAAUUGCACGCCUCAAUAUCCCAGAAUACGCUUGAACUCCUCCCAGAAAAUAAUGAGACUGGAGGCUCUUAAAAGGCAAAAUGUUACUCAAAACCAGCAGUCUAAAACUGUUAAGCGCUGCUUUCCUUGUAGGAGCAGUCACUAAGUGGGUGGACCACAAGAAGGCAGCAUGGAAACCAGUCUGAAAUAAUGUACGAGUUUCCUGCUCGAUGUACCCUUGGGGCUGGUCAAGUUCUUACAGUGAGUGAAAAUCUUCUCCUCUUCCCCUCUAAACUUUAAAAUGUCAGUGUUUUACUUUGCUUACCCUUGUAAGAAUAUCAAACACACCACCUAAUAAAGGCCCUGAAACUGGCUAAGUAACCUAGAGGGAUAAAAUACCGGCUUGUAUACUCUACAGUGGGACGCGGGUGGCGCUGUGGGUUAAACCACAGAGCCUAGGACUUGCUGAUCAGAAGGUCGGCGGUUCGAAUCCCUGCGACGGGGUGAGCUCCCGUUGCUCAGUCCCUGCUCCUGCCAACCUAGCAGUUCGAAAGCACACCAGUGCAAGUAGAUAAAUAGGAACUGCUCCGGCGGGAAGGUAAACGGCGUUUCUGUGCGCUGCUCUGGUUCACCAGAAGCGGCUUAGUCAUGCUGGCCACAUGACCCAGAAGCUGUCUGCGGACAAACGCCGGCUCCCUCAGCCCAUAGAGCGAGAUGAGCGCCGCAACCCCAGAGUCGGUCAUGACUGGACCUAAUGGUCAGGGGUACCUUUACCUUUAUACUCUACAGUGUUUUGGACUUGCUUAAAACAAUAUUGUACUGUGCCAUUUAUGUACAUGGCAUUAUGUACAUGGCAUUUUCCUGAAGAAGAGGUCUGGCAGAUCUUUGGCCUAUGGGGCUUAUAAAGAGGGAGGGAUUUGAAAGAAGCAAGGGAGGUGGUCUCAUGGAGAAGUUCUGGGACUGGAGGCAGUUGAAAGAUGGCCGACAAGGGACAACAGGUGAAGCUUUUCUAAGUAGUAUGGUGGGAAGCAGGCUCGGAAAAACUGUUUUAAAUUCCUUCUGCCAGCCUUAAGUUUUGGGAGGCAAUAUUGGAUGAUACACCUUCCAGAACCAAAUUCCUAGGGGGGGAAAUCCACCUGGACUUUUAACUCCAUAGGCAUUAAAUGUUUGUGUUGAUAGUUUGGUUAUAUAUUCAUUCAAUGCCUGCUGAUCCAUUAGAGAUGGAUAUUGAGAACCACAAAACCCAGUUGUUUUAAUUUCUAUGGUCCUGAUCCAGUUCUGGUGCAUGCAAAUAGUGGCUCCAGUUGGAGAUACCUCUCCAUAUCUUCAUCAUAAUUCCAACAGCGAGUUCAUUGGGACCAGAUGUAUAUAAAUUUCAAGUACUAUCCUUUCCCUUUGGGGGAACAAUGAUGGUGUUUACACUUGCUUCCACAAAGGUAAAAUUGAAUUCCUGUUGUAACAGUCUUCCCCAUUCCAUUUGAUCAACAUAGCUUGAGGUUUUAGUACAAAAAAGUAAAAUAUACAUUUUCUUAAAUAACUACAAAUUAAGACUACAUCUAUACUAUACUAGCGUGGAUCUGUGGUUUGGUUCCAUAUCAAUGCACGGUUGUUCGAACAUAGUUGCUAAAAGAAAGAACUAUAAAUACAAAAUAAGUAUCACACACAGGAACUAAAAAGGAUAUAGAACUUUUCUUGCAGAAAUACAAAUUAUUCAGUGUGCUAAUACGAAUGGAAGUUAAAAACAUUGUAGCUGUUGUAUAAGGGAUUAUGAUUAAGAUUGAAAUGUAAUUGGAUUAAACAAGAUUUUGGAAGCAAAAUUAAAUGAAUUUAUCUUACCUUGAAAUCUAGCACGCGGGAGGCCACCUAAAAAGUAUAAUUGGCAUAUCAAUUGGUUUAUUUUUGAAUGUUAAUUGUAAUUUGGUAAUAGAAUGUGACUUAUAUUAGAUAUAUGUAAUUGAAAAUUAAUAAAAUUUACCAAAAAAAAAAGAAGUUUGAACAUAGUUGCUGAUCCAGUCAUGUUGCUGUAAUCAAUAUUGUCAUUAUAUCUGCCUGGCAUUUGACACCACAGAUUUCUCCCCACAAUUGCCUUUUGUUACAGGCUGAUGCUUCCAGUGAUAUCACUUGCACAGUCAAAUUUGUAUAGAACUUACAAGAAUCUCAUCCUACGGUUGAUGUUGCAAUGAAUCUGACUAGUGGGUGGGGAAGCAUUGGACAAUUUCCUGUGCAAAGGUUCUCUUUAAGCAUUCAAAUAUGAAGAUCAUCUUCUUCUUUUUUCUUUGAAGAUCUGGGGUGUGACAGAAAGUUCAAGCCCAGCUCCUGGUAUGCUUGUCUGGAAAUCCCCCAAGUCAAUGAGAGGUGGAGACAGCUUUAGGAUUGUACUUUUUGACUCUGCUGGAAACGUAAGUACCAUACUAACAUGUCCUUGCUACAAUUUGAUAUUGUUCUUGAGUUUUAUAUCAGCCUUGUAAAUAAGCCCACAAGUUAGUAGCCUGGGUCCCCCCCCCCCAAUCUACUGUUGGCUGGCAGAGGAGAUACACAACUUGGUUCCUCCAGCGGCACCGUCCUGAAUUUCUGUCCUGGGCGCAGAGGAGGAAUGGAACACUAGCCUAGAAUCCCAUGUACUCGUCUGCCUGCAAUUCCUUGUUGCCUAUGACUAUUUAACUGCUUAAAUAUAUCUCUGGUUUUGCAAGAUUUGCCAUGUUUAAUGGAGAAGGGCUUCUACCUUCUGCAUCAAGCAAACACCUUUUCGCUCUCUUUUUUACCAUCUGUGUGUUUAUUUGUACAUAGCCCUUCGCCAAAUGGUCCCAGAGCAGAUUGCAAGAAGUGUACACUUGACAAAAUUAAAAUUUACAUUGAAAAUUUAUACAGUAGAAGCACAAAACAGCAGUGUGCAGCAUUUAGUAUUUCUUGUUCUUCAGACAAGUGGCAGAAACAGAAUAUUAAUGUGUUUCUCUGACAUUUUAUGGUUAUUUUCCAUAGCUUGGUAAGUUUUCCGUUUCCUUUUUUAUAAUUCUUUAAUGUGGUCUUCAUACAGAUGCUUGCUGGUGUUUUAUUCUUGUGUCCAGAGAAUGAUAGUUAUUGUGUGCCUAAUGAAUUCUGUAAACAAAUUACCUUGCAGCAAAUGGCAGAAGGAAAACUCACUUACGUAGAUAGAGGAGAAGGUGAUGGAGAAAUGGAGGUGGCUGCUGGGGAAGAAGGAAUGGAGUGUCAUACUCAGGCAGGUUUCAUACAGGAACUCCAAAACUGAGAAAUGCCAAAUACUUGUAUUCAUAUCCAGCUGAGUUGAACUGUUGCUGCUGCUUUUUAAAAUAGUUAAUUGAUCAAAGCACAGUAAUGGUUAACUGCACAGUGCACUUUUUCUCCUGACAUGCCACAUAAGAAGGAAAAAAAUAGAUGCUGUUUUUUGGGGUGGCAAUCUUGUAAACUUUUACAGAUAACUGAAGAACCAGGGUUGUUGCUUUGGCUCCAGCCUCGCUGUAACAUUGACCUAGCUUAGCGAGAGAAGCGCUUAGCAUUCUCAGAAGAGUUUUCUGGGCCUGAAUGCGCAGCAGAACUGCUGUUUUUAGGUCUAAUCUCAUGGCACAUCUUAUCAAGCAAGUUGGACCUAGCUUCAUGUUCAUCUCUUUCCCUCCUCCUUGCCCACCCUCUCUCCAGAGAAAUGAAAGUCGGACCUGCCUCAUAAUAUAG